AUGUCGGGCAUCGACGAUAUUUUCAACCCAGCCACGCUCGCGCGGUCAGAUACUGUGGCAUCCUCAUCAAGCACUGUGAAGCCUACGCAGACUCCGUCCUCAAAGGUCUCGAAAGGCGGACAGGGUUACCCGCGCAUCGACUUCGAGCCUCUCUAUGCGGAGUUGAAAUCGUUGAUCGCAGACAACUGGGGUACAUACUACGAUGCUCUCACACGAUUCAUUCGGGGUGAAUUAUCCGCCAAUGAGUUCGGUGACCUAUGCGACCACUUCAUCCUCAUAACGCCCGCCACGGAGCACGCACAUAAUACGUUGAUAUGCGCGAUCAUCCUCAAUAUAGGGCGCGACUCACCCGAGCCUGGACCGGCAGCAUGGGUCAGCGCAGCCAGCGAUAAGACCGGUGCCGCCUCCAAGGCUACCGUCAUCAGCGACGCGAGCGAGCAACGGUUGAAGGCCGAGAUCAUGGCACUCCCCGCCCGUGAUCGCCGUCGACUAAAGACCAUCGCCACAGAAGGAAAGCCAGGAAUCGCUACCGCAGCCUCGCUCGAAGAGGAGUCGGCAGCUUCCCUGCGCACCAGCAUUGAGCAAUACCAGAAUGCCGCCAAAAUCAGAGCGCCGCAGCCUCCAGCUUCGUCCGGCACAGGGAUCAAGACCAACUGGGAUAUCGAGAUCCGGAAACGCUACACGCAGCCACUGUACAGCGAGACGCACGAAUUUCCCGAUGCCACAAACGUGUUUGCCAGGAUAGUACCAAUCUGCUAUGAGGAAAGUGUCCCAUCCGGUACUACCAUGGAAUCUGCCGAGUUAGUGUGCAUUGCUACCGAGACUUACGUCAAGAAUCUGCUGCACGAUAUCUACAAUCGUGUACGAGUGAACGGCCCCGAUUACAAUGACGGUGCGGGCCAAGGUGUUAUGCUGGCCAAAUACAAGCGGAGAGUAGUGAAAGAAGAGCAGGAAGUCAAGUCUGGUAGGCUGCAACGUGAUCGCGACAAUGAUCUCCUGCCGACAGAAAGCUUGGAAGCCAGAGGCCGGAAGCCGCUAGGGACUGGCGAUCUGAAACUGGCCAACAAAGUUGGUCCUUCGCUGUGGAACGGCAUGCCUAUCAUCGGCGCAAAUAUCAACAACAGUCCUUUCGACAUUGACAUUGACGAGUGGUAUGCGCAAAGAGACGCGAUGGAGGGGCUCGGUAAAUUCGCUAAACACAUAAACGGCAACGGAGUUCACAAGCAGGAGGACGACGAUGCCAUGGACCUCGAUCACGAAGAAACGCAGUGGGAGGGUGCGGGCCAGGCGCAGAUGGCUGGCCUCCGCAAGACCUUGGGUAGCUUGCUUAACAUGCCAGCUUAG